AUGCAAACAUUUUGUCAAAUUGGGAUCAAUAACCUACCUGCCUACCCACCCGCCCGCCUGCCCACCUGCCCACCUGCCUGCCUGCCUGCCUACCUACCUGCCUGCCUGCCUGCCUACCUGCCUGCCUGCCUACAACCCCCCACCCGCCUGCCUACCUGCCUGCCUGCCUACCUGCCUGCCUGCCUACAACCCCCACCCCCGCCUGCCUACCUGCCUGCCUGCCUACCUGCCUGCCUGCCUACAACCCCCCACCCCGCCUGCCUACCUGCCUACCUACCUACCUACCUACCUACCUGCCUACCUACCUACCUACCUACCUACCUGCCUGCCUGCCUACCUACCUACCUGCCUACCUACCUACCUGCCUGCCUGCCUACCUGCCUACCUACCCACCCACACACCUACCUGCCUGCCUGCCUGCCUGCUUACCGGCCGCCCGCCCGCCCGCUCCCGCCGCCCGCCUGCCUGCCUGCCUGCCUGCCUACCUACCUACCUACCUACCUACCUACCUACCUGCCUGCCUGCCUGCCUACCUACCUACCUACCUACCUACCUACCUACCUGCCUACCUACCUACCUGCCUGCCUACCUGCCUACCUGCCUGCCCACACACCUACCUGCCUACCUACCCACCCACACACCUACCUGCCUACCCGCCCGCCCCGCCCGCCUGCCUGCCUGCCUGCCUACCUACCUACCUGCCUGCCUGCCUGCCUGCCUGCCUGCCUACCUGCCUACCUACCUGCCCGCCCGCCCACCUACCCACCCACAUACCUACCUACCUACCUACCCACCCACAUUCCCCCAUUCUUUCCUGAGAUUCAAUCCCAAUAA